AUGUCAGAGAAUGGCCACGAGAGUGAAACGAGGGACAAAUGCCCGAUUUGUCUAACUUUUGAGAUCGCUGAUCCCUCGAUUCCCGGAGGCUGUGGGAACAAUCCGGGGCACAAGUUUUGCUUCACCUGUUUGCGAAGAUGGUACAAGAAUAAUCCGAACUGCCCUCUUUGUGGAACUUCGUCAACUUUCAUUCGCCACCGACUCUCGCAGAACAGCGGAGAUGGCAUAAUUGAACCCCUUACCGAGCUGAAAAAGGAAUUUCUGAAAGAAAAGAUCAAAGAGGAGUCCGAGAAAGUGCCUCUUGAUGUGGAGAAACAACUGCUUCACAAAUACUACCGUUAUCUAAACACAAGGCUCAACACAAAUGAUCUAGCUAUGGAAAAUGAAAGAAAAAAGCUGCGAAACGUAUCUCGACGGGAUGAAAAAAUAUUCAAAGAGAGGGAGAAAAAUAGACAAAGGUUAGUACAAGCCAUCAACAUGGCGAAAAGCCUUGAGGAAGCGUGCGUGAAUGGGUCUAUUACUAGGCUGGAACUUAAUAAAAAUCCAUAUUUCCGUGGUAUGAUCUAUGACCAUCAUUUGAAACGCGAGGACUUAUUUGAAAACGAGCAAAGACGGAGCUUUACUCCACAGAUGGCUCGAGAAGAGCUCGCCGCUGACCCUCACCGACUACGGAAUUGGCUACGCAAAGAGAUACCGAUUUUUCUGAAUCGGCCAGUCGACCAAAUUGACAAUUUUGAGGGAAAAAUUGAGUACAUUUUGCAAGCCACACAACAAGGAUACAUUCACGCUCCCGAAUUUGAAAAAGCUUGUCGCCUAACUUUUCGGGAAUCGCGCGAGUAUUUGGAUACGUUUUGCAACGAGUUCUUCGAUUUCGCCUCUUCACAAUACUCGAUGAACACGUUUCUCCAGAAUAGUCGCUAUAGAAGCCGUGAAUCUUCUCAAGAUGCAGCUCGAGGUCAGCAAGAAGUCAUUCAAAUUGAUGAUUACGUCCCGAUUGAUAACGAUGUACAGAUUGUGGACGAGGGACAACCAAAUCGAUCAACCGAGUACUCGAACUAUUUGAUUAGGCAACAACAACACUCAUUUUGGGCUCAACGCUUUCAACCGGGACACACGGACUCCGAGGAAGAGGAAGACGCCGAUAUCUACAUGUUUUCGGAAUGCCGAAUCCUUGUACCUACUCCUGCCUCUACGGCGAACACUGAGGGUAUCCGAAUUCAAACGCACCAUUCGCUUCUACAAUUACCCGCCUUUGAUCGCUUUGGGAUCUUGCUUAAUAAACCUCGAGAAGCUCCUCGAAAUUUGGCAGACGUUUUACAGAAUAUGCUUGCUGAUAAUUCAUCGAUGUUGCCGAGUACAUCACGUUUAACUCGACCUUCACCGACUACGCAAAGAGUCGAGCUUUUUUCUGAAUCGGGUCGAGCGGUGCCCAAUGAGGAAAUUAUACUCUCUUCGGAUGAUGAGGGCCAGCAGAGGACCAACGAGAUUUUGGCGCAACGAGGCGACUCUCAAAUGCAAGGAUCAUCACGCUCGCCGCAUAAAAACGCCCCUGUCACACCCACACACCAAACAAGGAAGAGGAAAUCAAAGAGAAAGUCCACGGGAAGGAAGCAUUCAUCGAUUGCCGAAGGGGAGAACGAUGAUCACAUGAGGCUUCCCGCGCCAGACGCCGACACCGAUAUUGUGCGACAAUCCAAAGAACGCGAGCGGAAACGUCGGAGGAAUAGAAACUACUCGGGCUCGCCUAGUGACGAACGUUGGCCAACUCAGCGUGAAGGGCAGAUCCCGGUAUCGGAGCAGGUGAGACAGCGAGCCAAUCGAAGCAGGAGUUACUUGGGGUCACCGUCUGAUGAUGAUACGAUCGACAGAAUCAAACGAUCACGUGCCGAUUUUCGGACUGAAGAUGAUACUACAGAGCGAAACACAAUAACUGAGAAUUCCAACUUGUUAUCAACUUCUGGAUCGUCAACAUUGCUCGAUGUGGACGGACCGUCAAAAUCAUCCACUCAAUCGUUGGACGCGUUGAGUGCCAAAGUGAUUGAAUCACCACAAGUCGAGGAAUCGUUGGACGCAUUGAUAGGCAAAGUGAUCGCAACGGCUCGAGGUGAUUUCGGGCGGAUUCGUGAGGCGAUCGAACAGUUGAAUGACCAGCUUCCGAAGACUGAAAAAUUUGCGUUGAAGAAAGUUUCUGAAACAGUUGAUGCAUCUACAUCAUACGAAGAAAAACCACAAGAGCCAACUGUCGACAAUACUGUGCUGAAUUUGACAAGAAAUAUUGAAGAUGCCAGGCACCCGGCUCGUCAGCCGAUUGUCUAUGAUUUGAAUGAUGCGUCGAAUUCGCAAGACCGUCUUUAUUCCGAUCGAUCAUUGAGAAUG